AUUAGAAAUAAAAUGGUGAUUGUCGGGCGUUGUGGGUGCAAUUGACAUGUUGAUAACUUUGUAUAAAUUUAUUAAAUUUAGUGAAGUGUUACUUCAGCUAUACAAAUAAUUAGUUAUUAAAAAUAGUUUAAUUAACAGUAAUUCAAAAUGUCGGAUCGUCGAGCCGAAUUAGAACGUAAAAAGGCGAAAUUACAAGCGCUGCGUGAAGAAAAAGAUCGGAGACGUCGCGAAAAAGAACUAAAAGAUGUGGAAGAAGCAGCGUUACGAGCGAAUACUGGUGUCGGCGUUGAUCGUGAUAAUCGUCGACAAAUUGAUGAAAUGUUAUCAGCACUGGGUGUUGCACCUGUAUCAGAUGUACUAUCUAGUCUUUCUAGUAUGAAUUCAUUAACACCAGAUCAUAGUAUCAAUCAUACACCUGAUACAAGUUUGCAACCAUCUAGUCUAAUUAAUUCAUCAAGUGGUAGUACAACAAAACGAAAACCACAAUUAUCCGUAGUCGCAGUACAAGUAACAGAUAUUCCACCGCGUGAUGUUGUGGUCUAUACGAAACAAACUCAAACCUUACAUACUGGUCCCGAUCGAGACGAUGGUGGAUAUUCAUUCACUAAAAAGUGCUAUUUGGAAGAUUGGUGGCGGCCCCGUAAAGCUCAUGCGACAGACUAUUACGACGAGUACAAUCUAAAUCCGGGUUUAGAAUGGGAGGACGAGUUCACAGCUGAGGACGAAGAUAGCAGUUCAUUGCCACAUUUGGAUGGAUUCUCCAGCAAUUUACCACCCGGAAUAUUGAAGCAUGGUCUACCACAAGUCAAAGAAGUACAACCGGCAGUCACCGCUGUGGAACAACAACAGGAAAAAAAGGAGGUUAAAGAAGUGCGAGAACUUAGCGAGGAAGAGAAGCAGAUGAUCAUUUUAUCAGAGGAUUUCCAACGGUUUAUUGAUCGAGCUGGCCGUAUUGUUGAACGCGCACUUUGUGAGUCAGUUGACGUAUGUACAGAUUAUACUGGAGGUGCUGAUUCUGAAGAUAAUCUCGAUGAAAAAUCACAUCAACGACUCUCAUUAAAUCGCUCAUUUCUUGAUGAGAGAUGGUCACGUAAUCGUUGUGUAACAUCAUUAGAUUGGUCACCACAAUUUCCUGAAUUAUUACUUGCUAGUUACCAUAAUAAUGAAAUUAGUCCAAACGAUCCAGAUGGUGUAUGUUUGGUAUGGAAUACGAAAUUUAAAAAAACAACACCUGAGUAUAUAUUCCAUUGUCAAUCACCUGUUAUGUGUGCAACAUUCGCUAAAUUUCAUCCAAAUUUAAUACUUGGUGGUACUUAUUCGGGUCAAAUUGUGCUUUGGGAUAAUCGUGUACAAAAACGUUCACCUAUACAACGCACACCGUUAUCAGCAAUUGCACAUACGCACCCUGUAUAUUGUAUGAACGUGAUAGGCACACAAAACGCACAUAAUUUGAUAAGUAUAUCGACAGAUGGCAGGUUAUGUUCAUGGUCAUUAGAUAUGUUAUCAGUACCACAAGAAACAUUAGAAUUGCAUCAAAGUAAACAGAGUAAACCAGUAGCUGUGACAUGUUUAGGAUUCCCACAUUCCGAUGUAAAUAAUUUCGUAGUUGGCAGUGAAGAAGGUCAUGCAUAUUCAGCAUGUAGGCAUGGUAAUAAAGCUGGUAUUACCGAUACGUACGAAGGACAUCAAGGUCCAAUUACUGGUAUCAGUUGUAAUGCUGUUCAAGGUGGCAUUGACUUUUCCCAUUUAUUCUUGACAUCAUCAAUCGAUUGGACUAUUAAAUUAUGGAGUUUAAAAGACACAAAACCAAUAUAUUCGUUUGAGGAUAAUGGUGAUUAUGUGUUGGAUGUUGCAUGGUCUCCAACACAUCCAGCAUUAUUCGCAGCUGUUGAUGGCGCUGGUCGCUUAGAUUUAUGGAAUUUAAAUCAAGACACAGAAGUACCAUCUGCGUCCGUUGUAGUUGAAGGAUGUUCAGCAUUAAAUAGAGUAUCAUGGACACCAAGUGGUUUACAUGUGACUGUGGGUGAUGAUAUGGGUAAAAUUUGGGUGUAUGAUGUAGCAGAACAUUUUGCACAUCCACGACACGACGAAUGGAACAAAUUUAUGUAUACAACGCAAGAGUUACGAAAUAGUCAAGCCGAUGAAGAACUUGAAAAAUUAAAUUUAACUACGGGUGUUACACCGACACCAUUAUCAAGUAUGUCAUCUUUAUCAUCGAGUCCUCUACGAUAAAUGUAUAGAUAGAGACAAAAACACUAAUUUUAAGCAAAGCAGCAGAAUAGAUAUUACAAACUACUACUAUUUCUCUUGCCCCUCUCAACUUUUCUUCUAAAAAAAAAAUUUUCACGCUCUUAAAAGAAACAUAAUAAAACAAUGGUAUCUUCUUCUAAAAUAAUAAUUUCCUCAUGAAAACAAAUAAAAAGGUUCGUGCCAUUGAAGAUAAGACUUUGUGCUUUUCCAAUCGACGCCAUUUUAGUACUAAACAAAAUAACACAUUGUACAUUAAAAAAAAUGGUGUCUACUAUAUGUUACUUAUUACAUUCAAAGAAAUUUUUCACUAUUUUGCGCGAGAAAAAAGAAACUUGGUGCUUAAAUAUAUUCUUGGCGCCAUUUUGAUUUUAAUUUUUUUACAAUGCGCUUUGCAAUAAAUAUUUUGCUUAAUGGAAAUUAGUAAAAUUAUGUUUUUUUUUUGUAUAUUCUUGAUCAUCGUAAUUUUCAUAAACGGUUUUAAUAUGUUUAUAUUUAUUUUUCUCUCCUUUGCCAAGUUUUUUAUUAAAUAGAAAUAGAAUUGAGAACGGUGUAGGUGAAAAAAGAAACUAAGAGGGUACUAAUAUUUAUUUUUUUUCAAAUCCGUACUACCCAUUUAUUUUUCUAACUGAAAAUUUAAAUUAACACAUUGCUUGGAGAAAAAUUGAAAUAUUAAAUCCUUGAAAACGUGAAAAGCGUCUUUUUAUGGUGAGAAGCAGGACAUUUUGACUCCUUUUUAAUCAAUAUUUAAGUUCAAUUUACUAGCCACCUUUCAUAAAUACGUGAAAAUACGAUUUUCUUUUAUUGGUUACGAUCAGGCCCGUGCGUAUGAAUAAUCAAAUGAGGAGGAUGGGGUUCAAAUCUUUGUUAUGUUAGAAACUCCUUUUUCGAGUAAGGGAAAAAAUGUGUCAGAAACAAGUCGAUGUACGGUUUACAGAUUGAUAUUCAACUGAAUCAGUCAGUAUAUUCGAGCGUUGAGUCUAUUUUGACGAAAUCCUUGGAUUCCGCAAUUCCGUAUCGUAUUCGACGCAAAUUUUAAUCACGGUAUUGAAAAUUUGUCUAAACUCUUCUCCAGGAUUUCCUCUUCUUUCCAUCAAAAUUUGUUUCGUAGCCAGCCAGUUCGAUAGCCUCACCAAGAUCUUAACAGCAUCCUUUUAUUCACUUUUACGUUUUCAAUAAUUUGAAUGCGUAAGUGGAAAUGCGUUUCAUAAAUGGCUGAAUUUAAAGGACUAUAGUGCUAGUUCAAAUUUAUGUGAAAAGAUUCUCAAUAGAGGGUUUGACUCCUACAACCUACCCCUUUCCCCUCUUGCGCACAGGUCUGAUGUUGAAAGUAAGAUUUAUUUCAUGAAAAUAUUAUCGAUUUCUUUUUCUUAGUUCCAAUUGUAAUCGGUGCGAUGUUUUGUAACGACUUUCUAGUACCCCUGCAUGCCCUAAUUUUAUUUUGUAUAAAAUCGAUUAUGAAAAUAACAAAACAAAUAAUACGAAGGAAAA